AUGACACACACUAAAUUAAAAGAAGGAGACGUUUCACCAAACUUUAAUGCACCAGACCAAAAUGGAAUUCGUUUAACCUUGGAUGAUAGUAAAUUCCAGAAUAAAACUAUAAUAAUUUUCUUUUAUCCAAAGAAUGAAAGUAAAUCUGGUGCAAAUAUGGCACGUGAAUUUAGAGAUAACUAUCAAAUUCUAAAAACAUUACAAUGUGAAGUAAUUGGAGUUAAUUAUGAUGAUCACCAAAAAAACCAACAAUUUGCCCAAUUUAAUGAUAUUCCAUUUUCAAUGUUAUCUGAUACUGAUGGAGCAAUUGCAAGAAGAUUUGGAGUUCACAAAGAUUUGUUAAUUUUUCCUUCAAAAACAACAUUUGUUAUUAACAAAGAACAUAGAAUUGAUACUAUUUAUUCGAAUCCAAUUAAAGUUGAAUCACAUCUAAAACAAGCAUUAAAAGCUGUUGAAAAAAUGAAAAAUUCACCACAAAAUUCUACCAAUCAUACUGUAGCUUCUAAUACAACAACAAACCCUGCUGUUAGUAAUCCAAUUUCAUAA